GUGAGCGCAGGGUGGGAGCUGCAAAACGCAUCCUCAACGUUGGACCCACGAGGGUGUUGCUGGCCUCAGUCGACAAAUCGCACAAGUCGGGGCACAAGACAGAGAAGCCAGGUCACGUCUCUGCAGUUACACCGCUCACGAGUGCCUGCUGGGGUGGAACCUGGUCUGUCUGUCUGUCUAGCACCAGAGCUCGGGCGCUGCUGCAGAGGGAAGAAAGAUCUGGGUGAGGGGCUCAGAGCCAGGGCGGGGAGGGGCUUUACCUGGCUGGGCUUUGGCAUGGAAAUAAUAGCUAAUUAUGCUCAGGGACUAGUGCUGUGACCAUCUUACAGGUGGGAAGACAGGCACAGAGAGGUUAGUUCACGUUCCUGAUGCGGCCCAGCUAGUCAGGAUUUGAGGCUGGAUUUGGAGGCAGGCCAUGUGGUGCCAGCACGUGUGCCCUGACCAUCGGGCCACGGUGCCUCGUGACUGCGCACAGGGAAACACAGUAGAGUUCAAGGAUCUGGGUUGGAGUCCUACUGCCCCCACCCCCCGCCGGUGGGUGUGCUCUGAAGUCAAUCAUUCGUGUUUAAUUCUGCCCCCUCGACAGAGGCCCUGCAGAGGCCCACCAGCCGCGGAACUGUGGAAAAUAUUUUUUUAAGAAUAUAUAUGUGAUAAACAUUUUAUACGUGUAGAAGGGGAAGGGACAGAGGGAGAUUUGGAAGUGAUUGCUUCUGCUAGAGGGCAGCGAGGGGAGCAGAGGGAGGAAUGCAGGUGGGGGCCGCGGGGUUACCACACCGCUUCUAACAGCCAGUGAAAGGAGAGAAGCCGGCUGCCGCAGCGAUGAGACCCUGUCAGGAGCCAAAGGUUGUGAUUGAUUCUCCAUCACCCGGGGACAUGGAAAAGGAGACCAUAGUGGUUUGUGGUUCUUAAUUUUAUUAUUAAAAAUAAUAACAGAAUAAAGCAAUAAUGUAAUAAUGGCCUUGAGUAGAGCAAUUGUGAGAAUGUGUUUGGGACUAAAGAGUAUGAUCAAUCUGGGUCGGCUAACCUGACAUUAACAUCGCCAGAACGUUCUGGGUUACUUUCUUCCUUUCAGUGGGGCUUUGUGUUCCAUAGAAGGGGCACACUGGGGGUCCCCUGCCGGAGAAGAUCUUGGCCGUGGGGAAGGAAACUGCAGACAGGUAGAAGCGGGGGGUCACGGUUGUUCACUGAGUUGCUGAAAAUGAAUGAAUGCACAAGGAAAGUUAAAGUGUGCCAGACAUGCAUCAGGGAUGGGGAUGUGUCUUUAAACAAGUGCCAGGAGUAAUCCAGGUCCACCCACGAGAGUUAUUAAAAAUAGCAAAAUAAACUUCAGUAAGUUCCAGGCUGUUGGGGCUGGGGGUCCUGGGCAGAACGAUGUGUUUUUGCUGUGGAGUCAGAAGUGAGCUAGAUGAGUAAAUGCAACACGUGACAGAAUGAGAGAGGACGAGGAGUGGGCCACCAAAAUAGCGUUUUAUAAGUUAUGGGUUAAUGUAGGUCUACCUAUGUAUAACUAUGGCCUAUUUAAAGAAACUUUUUUUGGAGGGGGGAGGUAGUUAGGUUUAUCUAUUAUUUUCUUAGAAGAGGAACUGGGGAUUGAACCCUGGACCUCGUGGAUGCUAAACAUGCACCCUCCCACUUGAGCUAUAACCUCCCUCCAAUUGCGGACUAUUUAAAAUGACAAAACAAGAGCUCUCACCUCUGGUUAAGAAACUUCGGUAUAUAUGUACUGAUCGAUAUUUUUGUUGUGGGUUAGUGCUGAGGUCCUCUGUUUACUGUAUUUAAAAAAAUAAGUAAAAGCAAUAAAAAGGACAAGUAGGAAACAACAGUGAGAUUAUAUCUGGAAUCAAAGAUUAUUAUUGCUUCAGUUUUGUGUAUCUGAGCCCAUUAGGAAGAAGUCUGGGCUGGUUCUUCUGUAAAGAAGCAUGGAGAGCAAUGCUUGGAAUAGUUACUAUUCUUGUUUUGGAUGAGGGUGGUGAAUUCAUGCAUGUUUAUUGUAAUAAAUAAAAUUAUUAAAUGAAAAAAUGUAUACAGUGGGAGCUAUGCUUGAGCCAGUGGUGAGACCGCCAUGAGCCAAAGCUUGUGAUUAAUCCUGUGUGGUUCACCCAACGGCCAUUAGGAAAUAUCCUGGUUGUUUCAUCUUUUUAAAUGUCUGCCUUGUGUUCUACAGAAUGGAGGCCCCGGAGUGGGUCUAAUGACACUGUGUUGAUGAAGAUCUUGGCUGUAACCUCUGUGAGAAAUGAGCCACGGACCACCAAUACUCAGUAUAUCCAAUCUGAUUUGCCAGUGAUUGCCAAUGAUGAAGAUCUUGGCUGUCACUUCUGUGGAUGAAGAGCUAAGGGCGUCAUAAUUAACACACCAUAGCUGCUUUCAUCCUCUAAAGGUGAAGAGUUUGGCUGACACCUCUCUGACUAAGAAGCAUAAAUACCAAGUCUGCAUUUUCACCAAAUGAACAUACUACAUAUCAUCUAAUCAUUAUCAAAUGCUAAAGAUCCUGGCGUUUACAAACUCUGUGGGUAAGGAGAGAAAUGAGUGGUAAUUACCACAGGACAGCACACUUACUCAUUUUCUAAGAAACAAAACCUUGGCAGUUAGCUCUGUGGGUUAAAAACAUAGAGACAAAUACAGAGUGAACACCCCACAGCUGAUUUAAUCAUUCUUUACUGGUGAAGACCCUGGCUAUUAUGUCUGGGACUAAGGAGCUUUAUAAAGACUGAAAGUGAACACAGGACAGCUGAUUUAAUCACUUAAUAAAGAAUUGUUAUCGUGAGCAAGCAGCAUAAAGACUAAUAAAAAAUGAACACACUCUACCAGAUUUGAUUAUUAGCUCAUGAUGGAGAUCUUGACUUUUACAUCUUUGGAUGAAGAGAGAAGAGAUCAAUUCAUCGUCCAAUGAUGAAGAUCUUGGCUGUUACUUUUAUGAGUCAGGAGCAAUGACCAAUCCUGGACUAAUGAUGAAGACUGGUGGAGUAUGAGUCAUGGAUGAUGAAUACUUGUCUGGAACUCUGAGGUCCAACCCAAAUGGAUGUUCCCCAUCGAUUUAAGCAUCUUCUAGAGUCAUGUGCUCUCUGGUUGCCUCUGCGUGUUAGGAACAUAGAGACCGGUAAUGGGCCCAAUCAAUCUGAUUUAAGCAUAUGCUUUGGUCAGCAAUCUCUGAAAUUUCCUAUACAUGGAAACCAAUAAUUGAUGCCUCAGCUGAUUUCAGCAUCCACCGUGAUCAAGAUUGUCAUGUUACUUCUGUCAGAAAGGGGCCAAAAUUGACACAUUCAAGCUGAUUGAAGCAUUUUCCUUGGACUCCUCUGUGUGUUUAGAGCACAUAGAUGAAUAAUGGACACACGCUAGUGGACUGAACAUCUCCAGUUCACGUGCUCUAUAGACCAAUAACGGACGCGUCUGAACUGGUUACGUGUUUGACCGCGGUCAGGAGCGACACUGGUUGUCCUGUGUGUAAGUACACGUGGACCAUAGUGGAUCCUCCAAGCUGAUUUCCGCAUCUGCUGUGAUGAAGGUCGUCAUGUUGCCUUUAUGUCAUGAAUGCGACAAUGAAUGGACCCAUGCAAGCUAACUGAAGAAUUCUUCCAUGAUCACAAGUUCUAUGGUUGCAUCUGUGCCUUAAAGCAUGGAGACCAACGUUUUCCCUAAACAUUCCUUAACUGAGAAAGAUGUAAACUAUUUUCAUUGUGAGGAGGGAGCACACACAGGAGAUAUGCUGGAGCUGAUUUCAGGUUCUGCCGUCGUCAGAAUUGUCCUAUUACUUCCGUCAGGAAGGAGACUAAGGUGGGUGGCGGUCAAAUCCCUUGUCUCGGUUUGGGUCUUCAUGUAGGACUAGGCGUGGGAUCAGCAUCAGUAGUGGCAGUGGCACUUCUUAGGGAAGGAGGUAGUCAAGUUCAUUUACUUACUUACUUUUUAAGUAAAGGCACUGGGGAAUGAACUCAGGACCUGGUGCGUGCUAGGCAGGCACUCUACCACCGAGCUAUCCCCUCCUCCAAGAGUAGACGUGGUAUUAUUAAAAAUUAUUAAUUUAAUCAAAAGUUAACCAUUGUCCAAUAUAAUUAUGAUGUGAACAUUGAUCAGUCAACAAUGUGUAACACUGAGGCUGAAUAACAGAAGAGCUACAGUCCACGUGGGAAACGGUUGUACAGACAGGAUGUAGGGAUAGUCAAGGAUCUUGCUCUUGGGUAGUUUUGUGAAUCAUGUAAUUAUUUUAUUAUUAUCAAGAAUUAAUAAUUUAAUCUAUGCAAAUACAGACAGGAAUGAAGAAAAUGAGACUCAAACAUGGGCCAGUGAUGACAACUGGUGACAUGUGUCUUGGAUGAUGAAAAUAAAUGUCUGAAACUCUGAGAUCCAACACACAACAUAAUUAGUUCAAUCCUUCUUUUGGAAAUGAUCGUAGAGACAAAUGUCAAAAAUACACAAAGGUCAUGGUCUUAUUUUGGAUUCAUAGAUUUAAAUUUAUUAUUAUUAAUGGAUCAUAGCUAGAACCAUUAAAGAGAGAUAAGUAAAGGAGAAAAUGAAGCAUUUUCCAAUGAUGAACAUAUGUGGUAAGGCAAGAUAAAUUAUUAAUAUAAUUGAAAAUAUUCAUGCUCAUUAAGCAAUACAUGAAUAAGCAUAUUGCCUUUUUGCUUAAAGCAUCAUAUAGACAAUGACAAGUAGAGUCAGCAUUAUUUUUCUGGGUCUGUCUCAAGUUUAAGGUUUUUUUUCUGUUAAGAUAAAAAUCAUUGUACUAUAUGAAAAUUAAUGAAAGAUUAAAUGAGUAAAUGAAAUGUGGAAAACAAGGAUGAAUGCAGAUAAAACCUGAUUUUUAAAAUCAUCUUUUCUGCUUUGUACUCCUUAAAUUGAAUGCACUCAAGCUGAUUUAAGGAUUCAUCCAUGGUUGUUAGUUCUCUGGUUGCAGUCAUGUGGUAGGAUCAUGGAGACCAUGUGAGUAAUGGUCAACGUUUGGUCUUAGUUUUAAUGUAUUCUUUAAGGGUAUUGACUAUAUUAUUGUAAACUGUGAAAUGUUAUCAGUGAAAACCAAAUAGCCUGCAAUGAAAUAUGGGAUUAAUAGAAGCAUUAUAGGAUUAAUUGAUAUAAUGAAGGUUGAGAAGAAUUAAUGAAAGAGGUAUUGACAUGAGAAUGAUUCCAAAAAUCUAUUAGAGACUUCUAAUCUCUUUGGUGGUUUCAACAAAUAAUUGUUUUUAAAAUUAUAACUACUGAAUUGUGAACUGACCAAUACAUGAUGUAGAAAUAUAAGCCAAUGAGGAAUGAUAAUGGAUCAGUGUUGAUACUGGUGGCUUAUGAGUCAUAUACAACGAAUACAUGUCUGGAACUCUGAGGUACAAUGCGAAUGGAGUCUAGUCCAUUGUCCCCAGUUGAAGUGAUCCUGUAGGCAGAGGUCAGGAACAAAGAUCUUGGUUUUGGUCAUUAACCAUGCACUUUUUCUAUUUUUAUAAUUGGAUCAAUGAAAUAAUCAAUAUUUAAAUGUGUAAAUUAAAUAGAAGAGGAAUAUAAGCCUUGUCCAAUUAUAAAAAAUUAAAUGAGUAGGCAAAAAUUGCUAUAAUAUGUUAACACAUUGAUGUAUGUUGAAAAGACUGAUAUCCAUUAGGAGAGAAGUGGUGUAACGAUGUCACCUCUUUGGCUCAGAAAGACAUAGGAAGUGAUCAUUGUUACUGACUGAAUUAGUCACAACUUAGACAUUUGAUUUAUUAAAGGAAAAAGAAACAAAUAUUACCGUAACUUAAAAAAUCCUUAAGCUUUUUAUGGAAAUGAAUAGUGGACUGUGUGGAUCAAUGGAAAGACUCUCGCAAGAUUUUUUUUUUAUCACCUUGUCUGCUUGUUAUUCAUCAGAAUGUUUGUUCCAGCAACUUCAGCUUCUGCCGUGGUCAAGACUUAUACGCUGCCUCUGUGGCAGGAAAAAAACCGAGGGGAACAAUGGUGAUGGUUGUUGUCUUGGUUUGGGCGAUUUGUUGAGUGUACUCAUGGUAUUAUAAAAACUAUUAAAUGAAUCAAAAAGUUUUUCAUAAUAAAUGUGAUAAGAAUCAUUAUUUGGAUUAAUUGAUCAUGUUCAGAAUUGAGGUAGAUCAAUGGAAGAGAAGGAGUCUUAAUGGGAAACAAUUUUGCAAACUGAUGUUAGGGCUAUUCAAGAAUUUUAUUCUUGACAUAUUUUGCAAAUGAUGUAUUAUGUUCAUUAUCACCAAUUAACUAAAGUUCUAAUCAAUACAAAUGUAGAAAUGAAUGGAAAAAGAUUCAAUCAUAGACGAAUGAAGAGGCCUCAACGAUGAAAACAUGUCUGAAAUCCGAGGUCUAAUACAGAACAUAAGUGGUCUAUUCACUCUGUUAAAUUAUUUCUAAAGAGAGAUGUCAUGAAUAUAAAAGGAUCAUGUUCUUUCAUUCAUUUCAUAGAUUUCUUAUUAAUGGAUUUAUGAUGAAACCAUUAAUCAAAUAUAAAUAGAUAUAUUAAGGAGAAAAGGGUGAAGCAUUGUGCAAAAAAGGGGAACAUAUUUGGUGAGGGAAAUGAUAUUGUUAAUACAAAUUGAAAAAUCUGAUGCUCAUUAAAUAAAUGGAGGAAGGUAACCUCAUUGAACAAGGUUAUACAGAUAUGCCUAUGUAAGAGGCAGUUUAACUAUUCUGCCUCAGAUUAAAGAUUGAGUUUCUUACUUUAAUAAGAGAAAGACAAAUGCUCAAGGGAAAAAUAAACACCUAAAUACUGAGUAAAGAAAAUGCAGAAAAAGAAGAUGAGGGGCGAUUAGGUCUCAGUUUUCUUAAAAGCUUCUGAAACUGUCUCCUCAAAAUGAAGACCCUAGAGGUGGUUUAGCAUCUGACCACUGGUGACGUGUGCGUUGUGUACGGUGAAUACAUGACUGGAAGUCUGAGGUCCAACAGAGCAUGAACCCAGGCCAUUCUCCGUGCGAGAAGGCAUCUUGCAGACAGAUGUCGGGCAUGAAAGAGAGGCUAAUUUUUGGUCUUGGUUUAACCUUUUUGUCAUCUGCUUGGCUUCCUAGCCCCCAGAAUGGCCACACUGGACCUGAAUGAAGGAGUCCUCCUGGAUCAGCAGCUUAGGGCUCUGCCUGCAGUUGAGGAGCCAGCAGACCCGGAAUCACAGCUGAAGGUGAUGUCGUCCUCCACUGUGAUCAAGGUUCUAAGGGUCCUGGGGUCAGAGGUCGGAGACCAAGCUUGUAUUCUUCCUCUGCAAAUGGAGGCAUUCAUGCUGAUUAAUUAUUGUGCCAUCUCUGGGAGUCUUAUGAUUACUUCUCUGUAAUAAUGAUUGCAUUCCGAUGAUGGAAGCGUUCCAAUAUGGUCAUGAGCUCUGUGGGUUCAUCUGUGAUUUAGAAGCGUGGAGACAAGGCAUGAAAACACUUGAGAUGAUUUAAGCAUCUCCCACAGUCACAAACUGUAUGGUUACCACUUCUUAAUCAACGUUGAGGGAUUAAUAAUGGACCCACUGGACCUAAUUUCAGGACAUUUCCAUGAUCGUGAGCCUAAGGAUUGCGUCUCUGUUUUAGGAACCGGCAGAACUGUAAUCGAAGCUGAAGGUGAUUUGAUCGUCCACUGUGAUCAAGGUUGUUGUAGGGCAGACAGCAAGUUGAUUAAGCCUCGUUUCAUGAAGGUGAACCCUAUGACUGCAUCUGUCUUUUAGAGGCACUGAGAACAAUGAUGAGUGCCCUAGAGACGAUUCAGUGUUUCCGUGGACACGUGCUCUGUGCUUGCCUGUGUUGAUAGAAGAAUGGGGAUUAAUGUGAGUAACAGUUGAAAUUCUUUUCUCAGUUGCUUUUUUCUUUGAAGGGAUUUCACUAUAUUUUUACGAAGUGUGUGGAAGGUAAGUAGAGAAGGCAGGUGUAGCUCAGUGUUCAGUAUGGAUAGACCAUUAUGUUGAUUGAUGCACAUAUGGAAAACUGAGAGUAUUAAUGAGAGAGAGAUAUUCAAGUAAGAAAAAUUCUGUGUACAUCAAUACUCUUCUUGGGUUUCUUUUUUUGUGCUGUACUGCUGACAUUGUUAGUGAGUUUUGAUUUAAUCGAAAAAGUAGAAAUGUGGGUAGGGAAAGGGGAACGAUGUUGGAGCAAUGAUGACUGCUGUGACAUAUGGGACCUACAGGAUUAAUCCCUGUCCGGGACGCUGAGGUCCAGUGCAAAUAGAGUGGCUCCCUUUGUCCUGAUUGACGUGAUCCUCUAGGCAGAUUAGGGAUGAGGGGCUUAUUUUUGGUCUUUGUUUCAUGUAUUAUCAAUCUAUGAUUAUAACUGGAAGAUGUGAGAUCUAUAAAUAAAUAGUUAAAAGUAAAAAUGAAUAGAGUAAAAUAUUGUCCAAUUACAGAAAUACAUGAGGCUAGAAAUAAUAUUAAUAUAUCACAGAAACCCUGAAGUUCAAUUAGAAGUGAAAGGUAAUGAAUGUUAUUACAUAGGGGAAGGAUGACGUAGACAGGAUAAGGUAUAGACCAUGUUCAUAUUCUGGAUCAUUGACAAGCUCAGAUUUGUUCCUUUUUUUAACAGACUAAAUAUAUACACUAAAUUAAUGAUGGCCUAAAUAACUAUGUGAACGUCAAAGCAAGGCCAAUGCGGAGACUGUCACAACCAUUUUUCUCAUCUACUGUUCUUUAUAUCCCUCAGAAUGGAUGCACUGGACCUGAAUGAAGGGUUCUUCCUUGAUCACCAGCCUAGGGUUACAUCUGUGGUUGAGGAGCCAGUAGACCAGUGUGAGCGCAGACUUCUAAUCUUGGUUUGUGUGGUUUGUUUAAGGGCAUUUACUGCGUGAACAAAAUAUUGGAAAUAUAAAGAAGGCCAUUUUAAUGCUAUUGAUAAUUAAGUGACGAAUAUGAAGCAUUAUAUUAAUACGUUCGUGAAAAAGUGAUAAUGAAGGAUAUAAUGAUGUGAGAAUGGUUGUAGAGACACACUGAGGAUAUCAAGGUCUUCUUGGGUUGUGCGAAUCAUAUAGUUUUAAAAUUACAAUUAGUGAAUCGGUGAAUUAAUCAGUUCAGUGUAUGGGACGAGCGAGGAGACCGUAGUCUUUCCUGGAUCGAUGAUGAUCCCUACCGGCGUAUGAGUCAUCGAUGACGAAUAAUACGUGUCUGUGUCUGGAACGCUGAGGUCCAGUCCAAAAGACACGUCUCCUUUCUCUUCAUGCCUUUUCGUUCUUUCCUGCCAUGGAACGAAUGAAAGACUCCAUCACCAAACACUAUGCAUCCAUGGAGAGAGAAAGUCUCAAUCUUUCUGUCCCCUUGUCUGUUUGGUACUUUGCAGAAUCACAGCUGAAGGUGAUGUCGUCCUCCACUGUGAUCAAGGUUCUAAGGGUCCUGGGGUCAGAGGUCGGAGACCAAGGUGAGGAGGGGUGCAAGGGCCUGUCUUGGUUGGGGUGGUUUGUUCGAGGGUUUCCAUAGUGUUUUUCCCAAUGAGGAGUACAAUCCAAGGGUGCUUCUGUCCCACUGAUGAGUGUGCUGGGAAACCUUAUGUUGAGAAGGAGGUGCCAGAGAACAUGGCUACUCAUUCAGAAUAGAGAUGCCAGCAAUUCUGGUAAUGAUUGGAGAGGAGUGUGGGAUAUUGCAGAGUCUUGCUUUCGGGUUUUGGAUAGACAUGUGUUUGUCUGAUGAUUGUCAAGGAAGUAAUGACUAAAUGGAUCCGACUGUACCAAGGAAAGAAGUCAAAAUGGGCCCCAGUGAACCCGUGGUGGUGGGCCGAUGUGCCACGGCCAGUGAACAGUGUGUCUGGAACCCUGAGUCCAGCCACAUAGACACUUCUUUGCUUCCGUGUCUUGUGUGAUCCCACGGAGAGAUGUCAGGAGUGUAUAGCGAUCCCGUUCGCAUUUCGGAUCAACAGGUCUUGAUUUUACUAAUCUCAGUGGAUCCAUGAGAGAAGCAGUAGUGAGGCCAGGUCAGUAGUAGGUAACGAAGGAAAGGUAAAUCAUUGUCUACCCGUCAGCAUCCAUGGCGAGGCGGGAAAGAUGAACACAGAUGGCCCCCACUGAUGCCCAGGAUCAAUGAUUUGGGUCAAGGGCAUCAGCUCUUUGGCCGAGAACGAACAGUCGUGAAUAAUGAUGGUUUCAGCUGUUCGGGCUCCUUCUGAAUUUGGAGGAUUUUUUUUUCUGUUGUUGUGCUUCUUGUUCUUUUGUUUGUGUUUAGAGGAAAAAAAAUCCCUCCGUUAUGAAAAUGUUAUAAAUUUGUAAGUGCUGAGUAGGUGAAAGGCCGGGAGAAGAAUGAAUGACGAUGAAUUCUCCUUUCUCUUUCUUUUUUUCCCUCACUGACUGCUGUGUGCCCCUCCAAAUGGGCGCAUUCGAGGCGAUGGAGCCUCCUUCCUCCGUGGUGGGCCUUAUGAUUGCGUCUGUCUCGUUUGGAGGCCUAGAGACCAAACCCCCAGAAUGGCCACACUGGACCUGAAUGAAGGAGUCCUCCUGGAUCAGCAGCCUAAGGUUGCAUCUGCGGUUGAGGAGCCAGCAGACCCGUAGUAGGAGCUCGUGGUGAUUUCACCCUUCAUUGUGAUCCAGGUUACCAUGUUGUUUUGUGACAGAGACCAAGUUGCUGUGCUUUGUACUCCUCCAACUUGACACAUUCCAGCUGAUUAAAUGUUUUUCCAUGGUGGUGCACCUGGUAAUUGCGCCUUUGUGUUAGAAGAAGCACAGAGACCAAUGUGAACAAUCGUCAAUUUUCUUAUCUUGGAUUUGGUGAUAUUUGUUUGUGUUUGUUGUAGUCAGUGUAUUAUUUGAACAUUCAUAUAGAAUCACAGAAGGAAAACUGUAAUUUAGUGAUAGUUUAUCAAAUAUUAAUUGAUGAAUGCAUAUUUGUAAAAUAGCAUCACAAUUUUACAAAGAGAUACAUAGACAUGAGAAUGAUCUAUUUACAGAAUAGGGAUAUCAUGAUUCUGCUUGGGUUUUGUGAAUGGUAGGAUUCUAAAAUUGUUACUAGUGCAAUAAAGAAUUCAUGAAUCAACAACGUAGAAAUGAAUGAAGCAAAUGAGGGACAGUAUUGGAUUGAUGGUGACUGCUGGUCGCGUGUGAGUCGUAUACGAUGAAUAUGUGUCUCGAGCUUGGAGAUCCAUUAUAAAAUUAAUCUAGUCUCUUCCCAUUAUUUAAAGGCAUCCUAAAGACAGAUAUCAGGAAUAUACUAAGAUUUGUAUUCAGCCUUUAUUGUUAUGCAUAUUCACUUGUUAAUGUAAUUGGAUGAAUGAUAGACUCUAUAAAUCAAUAUGUAAAUAAGUUAAGAUGAAUGAGUGAAGCACUGUGUAAUUAUAUAAACCACGACAUGGUAUAUAUUACCUGUGUUGCUAAAAGAGUAAAAGUCAUGGCUAAUGUUCACAUUCUGAGUCAGUGGCAAGAUCACUCUUGUUCAUUUUUUUAGGAGAAAAAUUAUAUUACACCAAAUUAACUAUUACCUAGGAGCUGCUUAAAUAAAAGGUUAAAUACAAGGUUCAGGGGAGAAAAUAUCUCAACCAUUUUUACCAUCUUUUCUGCCCUGUAUAUGCCUCAGAAUGCAUGCUGGACUUCAUUUCAGGAUCUUUUCUUGAUCGUGAACCUUUGGAUUACGUCUCUGUUUUAGGAGCCCAGAGGCCAAUGUGAGCAAUAAUCGAAGUUCUUGUCUUGGUUUGGGUGAUUUGUUGAAGGGUAUUCAUUGCAUUAAGAAAAUGUACGAAAAAUACUCAAAAGAAGUCAAACUGUGUCCCAGUGAUAAAUAUGAAAUUAAUGGGAAGCAUUACAAUGGUUAAAGCAUUUAUGAAAAGUGGGAUAAUUAAUGACAGAGACACAUGAUGUGAGAAUGAGUCGAGAUAUGUAUUAGGGAUAACAGUGGCUUCUUGGGGUUCUGUGAAUCAUACAGUUUUAAAAUUGUAAUUAGUGUAUUAAUAAAUUAAUCAAUAAAUAAUAUGGGAUGAAUGAAGAGCAGGUAGUCUUUUCUGGAUCGAUGAUGACCUAUGCCAGCGUAUGAGUCAUCGAUGACAAAUAAUUCGUGUCUGGAACCCUGAGGUCCAACUACAGAAUUGUGUUCUUUCUCUUCAUGCAUUUUCAUCCUUUAUUAUAACUGAACCAAGGAAAGAAUCAAUAAGCCAAUAUAUGGAUCCUUGGAGAGAGGAAGUCUCAAUCUUUCUAUCCCCUUGUCUGUUUGGUACUUUGCAGAAUCGAAGCUGAAGGUGAUGUCAUCCUCCACUGUGAUCAAGGUUCUGAGGGUCUUGGGGUCAGAGGUCAGAGACCAAGAUUUUAUACUUGAGGUGAUUUAAAGUUCUUUCAUCUGAGGAGUGUCACAUACCUUUUGUGUCUGGAGAGACCAGAAUGAAAACUCUUGAGAUGAUUUAAGCAUCUCCCAUGGUCACAAACUGAGUGGUUUCCACUCCUUAGAGAAGCUGGGAGACUAAUUAAUGGACCCAUUGGACCGCAUUUCAGGAUCUUCGCUCGACUCGGAGCCUUAGGGUUUCCUCAGUGUUUUAGGAACCCAGAGGCCACGAGUCAAAGCUGAAGGUGAUGUCAUCCUCCACUGUGGUCAGGGUUCUAAGGGUCUCAUUCUUGGACGGAGACCAAGGUGAGGAGUGAUCGAAGGGCUUGUCUUGGUUUGGAUCAUUUGUUUAAAGGUUCUCAUAGUAUUUAUUAUUAGAAAGUGAUAAAUACAGUUGAAAGGUUAGCUAUGCCCCAAAGCUAAAUGUGAUACGAUACCUUAUGUUGAUUAAUUAAUAGUCAAUAACACUGAUAUUUAGUAACGAAAGCGAUGUAGUCUGUUUUGGUAAUGAGUACAGAGAAGCUAGGAAUACUCAAGUGUCUUGUGCUUUGGCUUUUCUUAAUCACAUAUUUACUUUAUUAUUAUCAAUGAAGUAAUAAUUUAAUUGAUGCAAAUAUAUAAAAGGAAGAAGUAAAAGUGGGCCUUAAAUGAGCCAAUGAUUAUUAGCAGGUAUGACUGAAUAAUAAGUAUCUCGAACCCUGAGGUCCAAUACAGUAAGUACUCUGUUUCUUAGUUUAUUUUAUUCUAUGGAUAGAAGUUAGGAAUGUAGAAAGUUUACAUUCUUAAACUAAGAUUUGAAAUCAUUACUAGAUCAAUGAUAGCACCAUUAAAGAUAUACAAAUAAUAGAUUAGAAGAAUAGAUAAAUUAUUGUGUAAUUAUGAACAUCUAUGGUGAGGCAAGAAAUAUUAAUUAAAAGUUGCCAACUCUGAUGCCCAUCAUGAAAUACACCGAUCAAAGGUGUCCCCUCUUUAGACAGAUAUCAGAUGGACAUGAUCAAUUAGGUUUCAGUUUUAUUGUUCUGAGUAAUCUUGAGUUUGAGGUCAUUCUUUCUAUGAAGAGAACAAUCUCUACAAUAUGAAAGUUAUAAAUUCUUAAAUGAGAUAAAUGAAAAGUGGAAAUCAACAAUCAAUGGUGAUACAUUUUUCUUCCCUUUUACCUUUUUGUCAUCAACUGUGCUUUAUAAUUCUUAACGUGGACACAUGUGAGCUGAUUAAGUAUUAUUCCACAGUGUUGUGCCUUGUGAUUGAAUCUUUUUGCUAGAAUCACAGAGACCAAUAAUGGACCCACUGGACCUGGUUCAGGAUCUUCCCUUUUCAGGAGCCCAGAGGCCACUAAGAGGAGCUCAAGGUUAUGUCAGCCUCCGUUGCGAACAAGGUUACCAUGUCCUAUGCUUACAGGACAGAGAACAAACUUUACUCCUCAAACUGGACACAUUCGAGCUGAUUAAGCCUUGUUCCUGGAGGUGCACCUUCUGAUUGCAUCUGUGUCAGAAGCAGAGACCAAGGUGAGUAAACAUUCAAAUUUUUUAUCUUAGUUUUGGGUGAUUUUGUGUGUGUGUGUAUGUGUGUGUGUGUGCGUUCAGUGUGUUAUUUGAAAGUUCCAUAUGGAAUCAUAGAAGGACAGUUGUAGUUCAGUGAUAAAUACUGAGUUUGAUGAAACAUUAUAUUAAUAAUGCAUAGAUGAAAAACAGCAUUAUAAUUUUAAAAAGAUACUGACAUGUGAAUGAACUUUUUAUAGAAUAGUAGUAUGACUCUUCAUUGGUUCUUAUGAACACUAGAUUUUCAAAAUUAUUAUAGGUGAAAUAAAGAAUUUGUUAGUAGACUGUAGAAUUGAAUGCUGAAAAAGAGGGACAGUAUUGGAUCGAUGAUGACCACUGGUGGCGUAUGAGUCAUUCACGAUGAAUAUGUGUCUGGAACUCUGAGGUCCAACAGAAAUGGAAUCUGGCUCAUUGUCUUGUUGAGGUGAUUUUAUAGAUACAUGCCAGGAUUAUACAAGGAUUUAUAUACUUUGUUUUUGGUAGUUAUGUUUAUUCCUUUUCUUUGACUUUUUAUACAUGGAUCAAUAAAUAAUAAACUAAAAUAAAGAUGAAAGCAGUUAAAUAUUGUUCGAUUAUAAAAAUGUGCGGCCAGCUAAGGAAUAGUCUUAAUUUGCAUUGAAAACACUGACAUUUGUUAGGGAAUAUAUAUGAUGAGGGCGUCAUUCUUUGACUAAAGAUGAGAGAGUUAUUGACAAGUAAUAGUCAAUGUUCGUGUUGUCCAUUAGUGGCUAGAUUGAUAAAGUUCAUUUACUCAGGAACAAAUAAAAUAUACAUUACUCUAUUUGCUGCUUAAUAAUUGACUGACUAAAUUAAUGAUGGAAUACAAGGACCAAUAAGCAUAUUGUCUCAAUCUUUUUUAUCAUUUGUUCUGCCUUACACCCCUUAAAAUGCUUGCAUUCCACUGAUGGAAGCAUUUCAUCAUGGCAAAAUCUCUGUGGUUGCAUCUGAGGUUUAAAAGCAUGGAGAUCAGUUAUAUUCUUUAGAAUGAAAACAAUUGAGAUGAUAUGAACAUUUUCCAUGGUCAUAAGCUGUGUGGUUGCCACUUCCUAAUGGGAGCUGGGAGAUUAAUAAUGGACCCACUGGACCUGGUUCAGGAUCUUCCCUCCAUCGUGAGCCUCAAGAUUACAUCCCUGCUUUAGGAGCCGGGAGACCCAUAAUAGAUGCACUUGAACUGAUUGUAACAUUCUUCCAAGAUCACCAGCUCUCUGGUUGCAUCUACGUGGUAGGAGCAUGGAGCCCGAUGUGAGUAAUAGCCAAAGUUCUUGUCUUAGUUUGAGUGGUUUGUUUAGGCUACUUGCUUCAUUAUUCAAAGACAUUAAAUGUAAUCAAACAAGGCAAAAUAUGUCAGUGUUUAAUAUUGGAUUGAUAUGAAGCAUGAUGUUGACUAAUCCGUAAAUUUAAUACAUAGGUCAAUUAAUGAAAGACAGUCUCUGUGUAAUAUUGUAAAAAUAGAUGUCAGGACUGUUGAAGGACUGUAUUCUUAUUUUUUUACUUUUGUGUAUUUCUUAACUAAUCAAUAAAUAAAUAUUUAGGAGAAUGAAAAGAAUAAGAGCCCAUCAUGGACAUCUGUGAUAACUGGUGCCCUGUGAGUCACACGUGAUGAGUAUUAUUGGCUUGGAACUCUGAGGGCCAGUGCAAAAGUGACCUAGUCCAUUUCUCUCAUGCGCAGGGAUCCUAUAUGCAGACGUCAAUAAUACAGGAAGAUUUUGUUUUAGGUUUUUGUGCUCACGAGUAUUAACAAUUUAUAAAAAUAGUAAUGGUAGAAUACACCAUGUAUAAAUGAAUAAAGGUGAAUAGACUGAAGUAUAUUUCUUUGAUAAAUAUGUAGUAAGGUUAAAGUAUAUGAAUGUACAUUAUAAUGAAUAUAAAAGGAUCGAAUGUGUUGUGUCUUUGACUAAGAUUGAUGUAGACAUUGACAUGUCGUAGUCAGUUCUGCUUGAUUCAGAUGAAAGUUUGAAGUUUAUUUUUAAGAAAAAAAUAAAUAUUCUAAUAAGUUAAUAAAUGCCUAAAAGACCAUGUGCAUGGAUGGUGGACUAAAUGGAUCGGUGGAGAGAAUGUCUCAACCUUUUUAUCAUCUUCUCUGCCUGGUACUCCUCAGAAUGGACACUCAAGCUGAUUUCAUCUUCUGUUGUAGUCAAGAUUGUCAUGUUCCCUUUGUGUUAGGAAGGAGACCAAGGUGAGUAAUGUUCAAAAAUUUUGUGGUAUUUUCAAGCUUAUUUGUGGUAUUUUUAAAAAGUAGUAAAUGUAGUAAAAAAUUUAACUAUGGCCCAGUGAUAAAUAUGAUAUAUAUUUAUUAAUUUAAUGUGUAACAUUGAUUCAUGACACCCUUAACAGUUUAAAGGUAAUCCAUAAAAUCUUCAUGUAAUUAUAAAACAAGAGUGAUUAAUGAAAGACGUAUAACCUAUAUUUGCAAUGACUCUAUAGUAGAAGUUAAGGAUAUUCAAGCACCUUAUCCUUCAGUUUUUGUAAAUAAUAUUAUUUUAAAUGAACCAAUGACUUAAUGGAUAGAAUGAAUGAAGAAAAGUGGGCCUCUAAUGGACCAAUGAUGACAACUGGUGGUGGAUAAGUCAUGGACGAUGAAUGACACAUGUCUGGAUAUCUGAGGUCCAUCACAAGAAAUAGUCUAUGCCUUCUCUUUGGUUUGCUCUUGUAGACAGAUGUUAGGAAUACACAAGGGUCACGUUCUUAUUAUGAAUUCCUAUUUGGAUGUGUUAUUAUUAAUGAAUCAAUGGUAGAACCAUUAAGGAAACACAAAUAAUAGGUAAAGAGAAAGGAGUGAAACAUCCAAACAUAGACUCAAAUGGUGAGGCAAGAAUAUUGAUAAAACUGAAAACACUGAUGCCCAUAAGAAAGCAGUGGAACAAGGGUGUCACUUCCUUGGCUAAGGAUCAUAUAGACACAGGAAAAUAUGAGUUAAUUUAUUUUUUCUGGCUCAGUCUCAAGUUUGAGGUUGUUCCUUUGAUUAAGAGAAAAAUGUAUUUACAUCAUGAAAAAUUUAUAAAUACCCAAAUAAAUGAGUGAAGAAAAUGUGGAAAGCAAAGAUCAGUGGAGACAAGGCCUUAAUUUUUGUUUAAUUGUCAUUUGUGCCCGUACUUGUCAGAAUGGAUGCGUUCGAGCUGACACAACACUAUUCUGCGAUGACGAGCUCCACGACUGCACGUCCACGCGAGGAGCAUGGACGCCCAUAAUGGUUGCAUUCAUCUGAUUUACACAUUCCACUGUGACCAGGAGAUCCAUGGUGUCAUCUAUGCGUCUGCAGUUGAGGAGCCAGCAGACCCGUAAUCACAGCUGAAGGUGAUGUCAUCCUCCACUGUGAUCAAGGUUCUAAGGGUCCUGGGGUCAGAGGUCGGAGACCAAGGUGAGGAGGGGUGCAAGGGCCUGUCUUGGUUGGGGUGGUGUGUUCGAGGGUUUCCAUAGUGUUUUUCCCAAUGAGGAGUACAAUCCAAGGGUGCUUCUGUCCCACUGAUGAGUGUGCUGGGAAACCUUAUGUUGAGAAGGAGGUGCCAGAGAACAUGGCUACUCAUUCAGAAUAGAGAUGCCAGCAAUUCUGGUAAUGAUUGGAGAGGAGUGUGGGAUAUUGCAGAGUCUUGCUUUCGGGUUUUGGAUAGACAUGUGUUUGUCUGAUGAUUGUCAAGGAAGUAAUGACUAAAUGGAUCCAACUGUACCAAGGAAAGAAGUCAAAAUGGGCCCCAGUGAACCCGUGGUGGUGGGCCGAUGUGCCACGGCCAGUGAACAGUGUGUCUGGAACCCUGAGUCCAGCCACAUAGACACUCCCUUGCUUCCGUGUCUUGUGUGAUCCCACGGAGAGAUGUCAGGAGUGUAUAGCGAUCCUGUUCGUAUUUCGGGUCAAUAGGUCUUGAUUUUACUAAUCUCAGUGGAUCCAUGAGAGAAGCAGUAGUGAGGCCAGGUCAGUAAUAGGUAACGAAGGAAAGGUAAAUCAUUGUCUACCCGUCAGCAUCCAUGGCGAGGCGGGAAAGAUGAACACAGAUGGCCCCUGCUGAUGCCCAGGAUCAAUGAUUUGGGUCAAGGGCAUCAGCUCUUUGGCCGAGAACGAACAGUCGUGAAUAAUGAUGGUUUCAGCUGUUCGGGCUCCUUCUGAAGUUAGUUAGAGGAUUUUUUUUUUUUUUUUUUUUUUUUUUUGCUGUUGCUAUGCUUGUUGUUCUUUUGUUUGCUCAUUUAGAGAAAAAACAAUCCCUCCAUUAUGAAAAUGUUAUAAAUUUGUAAGUGCUGAGUAGGUGAAAGGGUGGAAGAAGAAUGAAUGACAAUGAAUUCUUCUUCCUUUUUCUUUUUUUCCCCUCACUGACUGCUGUGUACCCCUCCAAAUGGGCGCAUUCGAGGUGAUGAAGCCUCCUCCCACGGAAGUGGGCCUUCUGAUUGCGUCUGUCUCUUUUGGAGGCUAAGGGACCCGUAAAGCACACAUUCCCGCUGAUAUAGCAUCUUCUGUGGGUUCCAGGUCUGUGGUUGCCGCUGCAUAGUAGGAAGAUGGAGAUUAAUGACCACUUAGAAUGGACACACUGGACCUGAUGCAAGGAUUCCUCCUUGCUCAUGAGCUCUGAAGUUGCAUUUCUGCUACAGGAGUGUGAAACUGAAUCACAGCUGAAGGUGAUGUCAUCCUCCACUGUGAUCAAGGUUCUAAGGGUCCUGGGGUCAGAGGUCGGAGACCAAGGUGAUGAAGCCUCCUUCCUCCAUGGUGGGCCUUAUGAUUGCGUCUGUCUAUUUUGGAGGCCCAGGGACCCCUCCCUCAGAAUGGCCACACUGGACCUGAAUGAAGGAGUCCUCCUGGAUCAGCCUAGGGCUGCACCUGCGGUUGAGGAGCCGGCAGACUCGCAUUGGAUGCGCUUGAUAUGAUUUAAACAUCUUCCAUGGUCAUGACCUCUGGCUGCAUCUGUGUGUGCAAAUAUGGAGACCAUAAUGGACACACUCAAGCUGAUUUAAGCAGUAUACCGUGGCUGCAAACUCUGUGAGUCAGGAGCACUCCGUGUUAGGAGCACAGGGACCAAUGUGAGUGAUGGUUAAAGUCUCGCAUGGAUUUCAGUGAUUCUCUUGGUGGGGUAUUUACUGUGUUGUUAAAAAGUCCUGUAUAUAAGAGGAAUGGCCACCUCUAGACUAGUGAUGAAUACUGAGUGGAUAUGAAACAUUAAAACAAAGAAUAUGAGGAAAUACAUUGAUGUGAAAGUAAUUCUGUACACAGAAUAGGGAUUUCAGAGCUUUCCUGGCUUUUUGUGAAUAAUUGGAUUUUAAAGUUAUUAUUAGUCAAUUAAUAAAUUUGUCAGUAAACACUGUAGAAGUGAAUGAAGAGACUAGGCACAGCAUUGGAUCGAUGAUGACUGCUCGGUGCGUUAUGAGUCGUAUACGAUGAAUACGUGUCUGGAACUCUGAGGUCCAGUGCAAAUGGAUUCUGGCCCGUUGUCCCUCUUUCAGGUGAUCUUUUAGACACACAUCAGGAGUAUACAAGGAUCUUGAUGUUCUGUUUAUUUUUAUAAUUGGAUCAAUGCAAUAGCAAAUAAUAAAGAUGAAGGUGGUGAAACUUUGUCCAAUUAUAGAAAUACAUCGUUAGGUAAGAAAGAUUAUUAAUAUAUAUUGAAAACAAAUAGCUGUUAGGAAAUAUAUGGUCCAAGGAGGUUAUUCUUUGACUAUUGAUGAUAUAACUUUUGAUAACUAGAAAAUUUAUGUUCUCUGUUAAUGUCAAGAUCAGUAUUACUCGUUCACUCAGGAGAAAAAAAUAUAAAUUAUCCCAGUUCACUCCCUACAUAAUUGACCGACUAAAUGAAAGUGGAAUUCAAGGACUAAUGAAAGUAACUUUUCCUUUUUCUUCUACUUUGGCUCAUACUCCUUAGAAUUGUCCCAUUGGGCUGAUCUAAGCUUUCCCCUGUGGCUGCCUCUGUGCUAAGAGCUUGGAGAGCAAUGUGAGUAAUAGUCUAAGUUCUUUCCUUGGUUUUCUGGUUUUAUUUUUAUAAGUUUUUCACUGUAUUCCAAAAACAUAUGAAAUGUAAUUCAUGACUGUCAACCAUGGCCACACAGUACAAGUAAGGUUAAUAUGAGGCAUUAUGUGGAUUAAUCUCUACAGGAGACUCUGGGGUCAGUGAAUAACAGGUAAGUAUGUUCCAUGGGAAGUAGUUUUAUAGACAAAUGAAAGUGCCAAAGACCUUGUUUGUUUCAAGUUUUUGUGACCAUGAAGCAUUUAUUUUAUUAUUAGUGAACUGAUGAAUUAAUAAGACAUGUAGAGAUGAACGAAGGUCAGAAAGGCCAAAUCUGGGUAAAUGAUGACGGCUCGUGGUGUGAGUCUUGGGUGAUGAGCCCCACAGGUCUGGGGUUCUGAGGUCCAGCAGAAAAGAAAUCUAGUACGUGCCCUUGUUGGGAGUGGUCCUAUAGGGAGAUGCCAGGCACAAAUGAGGAUCACGUCCUCAGUCUUUGUGUACGGGAGUAUCUAGUAGUAGUAAUAUAAAAAACACAGCAGCAGGAUUGGUAACCAAAUGUGUGGGCGAGUAAACAUGAAGAGAGGAAACACUGUUCAUUGUUAAAGUAUAUAACAGAGAAAUAGGGUGAUAUAAAUUGGAGUGGAAAAUAAAAGUGAUUGAGUGUGUACGUCUUUGAGUGACAGUGAUAGUGAUGAUAGUUGUUUACUGAUUCAGGUACAACUUUGACAUCUGAUUUAUUAAGAAAAAAUAAAUAUUACCCGAAAUUAAUAAAUGACUAUGCAAAUGAAUUGUGGAAACUUUCAGUCAGUGGAGAGGCAGCCUCAACAUCUUUAUCCCGUUGUCUGCGUGGUAUGCUUCAGGACAGACGCUGGAGCUGGUUGCAGCUUCUAUUGUCAUCAAGAGUGUCCUGCUGCCUCCUGGUGUGGAAGGAGACCAAGAUGCACUGGCGUUGAUUUUAGCAUCUUCAGUGGUCGUGAGGCCUGUGGUUGCCUGUAUAUAAUAGGAAGACAGAGAUUAAUAAUGGACACACACGAGCUUGUGUAAGGAUUCUUUGAAGGUCAAAAGCUGUAUGGUUGCAUCUUUGUAUUAAGAGUAUGGAGAACAAUAAUGGUGCACUUGGGCUGAUUCAGCAUUCCUCCCUGCUCAGGAGCUCUCUGGUUGCGUCUAUGUGUUAGGGGUGUGAAGACCAAUACUGACUCCUCAUUGCUGAAGGUGGUGGCUGGGGAGUCUCCGGGCAAGAAGCCUGCAGGCUUACGUCAGUGGUGCACACAGUUCUCUUCCCUAGAACGGACGUGAGCGUAAUCGUUCUGUGACGAUCGAGACCUGUGUGGCUCAAUCAUCUCUGCAUCCCACAGGAUGGAUGCAUGGUAGUUACUGAAAUUGUUCUCCAGUCGUGAAGAUCUUGGCCUUAUCUCUGUGGGGAAGGAAUGUAUCAUGCCACAAGAAUGGAGAGUUCAACUGAGUUCCGGAAGAAUGCCAGUUUGGAUGGGACAGGCCAGCCCAGCCCACGCACCUCUAAGGCAGCAUAACAUACCCUUCUUCCGGGGACAGACAGCCAGAAACGAGCCCAGCACCUGUGCGUGCGUGCCUUCGGUCACCAUCCCCGACGCCUCCCUCCCUCCCUCCGCCUCUGCUGCCAGGCCUGCCCUUCAGCACCCCUCCAGGGAGCCCAGGAGCCUACCUUCUCGUCUCCAUCACUACCAGGAAGGACAGCAGUCUGUACCUUUGGAGAAGUCACCGGGAUGCUCCAAGUUUCACCCGCCUCGCCCUUGAUCCUCGCUCGUCAUUUAGGGGCUGGCUUUGUCUUCCUUCCCCUCAGAUUGAGGUUCUUCUACCAACAGUGUCUUUUCAACGUGCUAAAGUGAAAGUCCCGCUGUUCUGGCGGCAGCUGGACCGCAGCCCCAGCAGCCGUCCCCGGGAGCAGCAGCAGCAGCCGCUAGCGGCUGCCCGGAGGGGAUGAAGGUCGUCCCGCCCAGAGCCCAUGGAAGUGUGGUUGCUUGAGCAGAAGGCUUCCUGGGGACACCUCUGAUGGAUGGAGACUUGCUUCGCUGGGAGUACUUCCAAGGUGAUGCCCACCUGGAGGAAGACAGUGGUCCCCAUGACAGCUCCAUGCCCAGAACACGCAGGAGGCGAUGGCGUGUUUCUGUAGGCGGAGCUUCUCUGCACUCCUCACGGAGAGAUCUCCUUCGUGUGUUUGAUUCUUUUAUGACAAAUGGUUCACACUGACCCCUCUUCAGUGUCAGAUACCAGCUUGGAAGACUCCCUGGAUGAGACGGAAGUUGUCAGCGCUGGUCCAGGGUGAGUGGCCGAGACGCUUGCUUCCCUUGUGCCUGUUGUGUCUGAUACUGAUGCUGCUUGCCCAUCCUUUUCAGGAGGACUUCCUGGAGGCGACGACAACCAUUGGGAAAGGAAGUGGUUCUUGCUGGCCCUAAAGUGAGGGCACAGAGAACCACCUCUUGCCUGGAAGACUGCUUGGACCCACGGCCAAUUCCAUGCGGGGGCCUGGGUGGCAGUCCAGUGCAGACCACAGAUCCGUGAACUCUCUCCUGAGGCACUGACCUGGGGAUGCACAGCAUUGCUGGGACACUUCCUGAGGCCUGAUGGACUUCCAGAAGGAGACUGUGGUUCCACAUCAGGAAAGCCCCAGCGCCUGGAGAGAGG